AUGGCGAUCAAGUCUCGUGCUGCGGAGAAUGUCUCCGGCGUGGAUGGCACGGUAAGCUCAACCGGGGAGCUGGUAAGCACCGGGGGAUGUUCUCAGUUAGUACCAGUUACAUCAUCUUCAGAGCUACCUGCAAACCUCUGUCAGGCAGAACACCACAGUAUGUAUUCUUUAGGUCCUCCUCCUUUUGAAGGACAAUUGAAGAUGGAGGGUGGGUUGGUCUACAAGUGGUUUCUUCUUAUCUAUAAACUGAGUUAUGCAAUUGGAAUUGUGGGUUAUUUAGCUAUAAUGUUUACCGUGUUUGGAUUUAAUUUAUUCUUUCGAAUCAAGACUGAAAAUUUCAUGGAUUUUGGUGUGAUAUUGCUGUUUUAUGGACUCUACUGUGGAGUGAUGGGAAGAGACUUCGCAGAGAUUUGUUCUGAUUACAUGGCUUCCACUAAAGGGUUUUAUAAUGUCAGUGGGAUGCCUACAAGAAAUUUGUCCAACGACAUCUGUGCAGUCUGUGGACAGAAAAUCUUUGUGGACAUAAAUGAGGAAGGGAUAAUUGAAAAUACCUACCAGCUGUCAUGCAAUCACGUAUUUCAUGAAUUUUGCAUCCGAGGUUGGUGCAUUGUUGGCAAAAAGCAGACUUGCCCAUACUGCAACAAGAAAGUUGAUUUGAAGAGGAUGUUAAGUAACCCAUAUCCUUUUCUUUAAAAGUGUGUUUUUUACUUCAAUUUUUUAAUUAUUUUGUCUUUGCUCAUUUGUGUUAUUAUCUAGUGGAGAGCGGUGAGAGUAAA